CGAUGAUGUGAUGCCGGCAGUUUGGAGCGAGUCUUGCCGGUGAACAGGUCGGGUGAGAGCGGGACUUCUUCCCUCUCGUCGAUCGGUGGCAAAGAUACAAGAUACAUACACAUAUAUAUAUAUAUACAUAUAUAUAUAUCGGUACCUCGCCUCGGGUUUGCUCCGAAACCGGAGCCGUGCGAUACGGAUAUACGGCAACGUAUAGCUGUGCCGUCGACCGUUUUAUUUAUCAGUGCGUUUCCGCAUUCACGGACGCGUGGUAGAGUCGAGAAUUUAGAUCGGAAUCGUACCGAUGAUGUAUCGUUUCGACCGCAAAACUAUGUUCGCGCUGUCGACGAGCAAUAACGUUCUCUAAUCGAAGUACAUUUGAACGAUGCGUCUUUUCAAACGUCAUACAGCCGAUACAAGUCCUCAGCUUGUUUCGGCUGUAUCUAUCUCCCAAGAUAUUGCACCUACUGUCGAAAGUAAUGCGUCUGAGAGACCGGAGAAAAAAUCAAAGUCAGACGAAAAAUUAGAAGAUAUUCUUCCAAUUAAAGAUGUCGACGCGCAAAAGGAACCGAUGGAUUCUUCUAUUCUGACUCGUAAAGGAAUUUCAACUUGGGGGCGAAAGAUGGGUCGGAGAUGGGAUCAAAUGAAGAGAUCAGAUAGUUCCGAAUUACUUUCAGUAUCUCGACGACGACGACGAUGGAGCCCGCAUCGGAAGAGCAGCUACGACGAAACCUUGAACGAGAAAGAAAAUGGUAAUAGCGAGUUCCUGAGAACAAAGAGAAUUCCCAGGGUGGAAUCGUUGAGAAAUUUCUUUAAGACCAGCAGCGAUCAUUCCUUCAACCCCAAAAAUUCUGCGAGAAAUGUGACGAUACAAGAGGAGGACAUCAUCGAUAUCAGACACUGCCCGAUGGAGAAGACUCUGAGCGAAGGAGCGAUCAGGAAAACUCCUCUUCGAGGUGUCUGCUCCGAGAUUAUGGACGAUCGCGAAUUCGCUGGGAUCACUCGAGAAACGUUUCUUCGUCAAAAGAAGUUGCAACUUAGUCGUAGCAUUCAGGAUCUUCAAGAGCAGCGGCGAGUCUUAGAUUACAUACUCAAGAAUCAGGAGAUCCUGAAGACGCGACAAGGCGACACGUUCGUAAGAGAAACCCUGGAGAAUGCUCGAACGAAUUCGAAGCGAAUCUCCAAUCGUUCGUCUACGGAAAGACCGAAGAACGUCUCGACGCGAAUGUCUGAUCAUCAGUCUACUUCCGGUAACGAAGUCAAAGAAAACGUUUGUCAUUCCCACGAAUCCUCCGUCCCGCUGACCGGUUUGGAAGAUCUACUGAGCAAUCUGCGAAUAGGUUGCGACGAAAGUGGCUACGAUUCUGAUAGUACCCGGACCGGCGCGGAUUCGCCAGACAGCGAAAAAUUAGCGGUACCUUCGACGAUGAAACCACGAAGUUCCUCGGUAACGUCUGACGAUUAUCGCGGCUUGUCGCUAUCAUCGUUCCUCGGCGAUGCCUCGCGGAAAAAAGGCGCGACGAUCAAGUCAAAUUCAUCGAAAACCUCAACGGUCGAAAAAGUCGACGAGAUCGUCGAUGCCGCGACAAGCAACGCUUCCUUCAAUGAUUCGACUGUGACUCAAACUACCAUGUUGAUGUCGGACGACGACACGGAUAGCUGUGACGAUGAUACUUUCGCCGAUUUUUUUGAAUAUCAACCAGACUUGACGAGAACUUAUUCUAAGAGGGAGGCGGAACUGUUUCCGCAAUGUUACAAGGAUCUAAUGAUAGCAGCGUCUUCCGCGGCUCCGCUUAGCGAGGAUUCAACGAAACGACCUGAAACGACGGAGAGUAAUGAUCCCGACAUUACUCUGACACAAUAUGACGACGCUCCUGACGAUGCUGAUAUGCACGGCAUUGAUGAUGCCAAAACGAAAGUCGAGAAAAAAUCUGUUGCAGCAAACCAUGUACCUCAAAUGGUUAAAUUUCCGAAUUUACUGAAAGACAAGAAAUAUAAAAAUCGCAAGUGUUCCAGUCCGAGCGUGUUACAUCUUUUAGAUCACGUCGCGCCUACGUGUAACGACAGUCCACCGGCUAACAAAAUCUGUUCUUUAUCUGAAAUGACUAAUCCGCUACAAUAUUACAGCCCGAAGAGAUCACGUUCCAGUCUGGAGCUCGAUACAACGGACGUGACGAGGAAUGCAGCGAAGAGAGUGUUGACGUUGAACGAGUUCACGCUUCCCAACACAGUUUCCAAGGCUGUCGGUAAAACUCUAGUACGACGCGAAUUGAAAACGAUGAAGCUCACAAUGAGCCAUACGAUGGGUCUUGGUAUUUCGGUGGAGCGACGCGAGGCGGCCAGACCGUUUUACGUGAUCGCCAAGAUGGAGCCAAACGGCGAGGCGGCUAGAUCGAAGCAAUUUCGUAUCGGCGAUGAGAUCGUCCGAAUCUGCGGACGUAGGAUACGAGGUAUGUCGAUGGCGGAGGCGCGAAACGCCUUGCGAAGCUGCGUCGGCACGGUCGAGCUUCAGGUAGCGAGAGAGCCGAAGAAAAUCGGCGACACCUGGGGCGACGUCUUGACGCGUACACGAAGCGAUCCCGACUCGUGGAUCUCAAGGAACCAAAGAACCGAAUUUCACCCGACUUCCCGUGCUUCGUCUCCGACAAACCGCACUUCCGAUGCGAGCGCAUAUCUCGACGACACGACUGGCCGGAAAAUAACGGGGAUGAAGAAGUUCCAGAUCGUGAAGAAACGAAGCGCCGAAACUCGCGCCGUUCAACGAGGCUCCAGUUUAGCCAUGGAUCUGCUGACGAUCAUAUUGACGAAGGGUGCGCCGAAGAAAUUGGGCUUCUCCAUCGUCGGUGGUGUGGACAGCAAUAAAGGGCGCAUGGGUAUCUUUGUGAAAGAUAUUAUGCCCGAUGGACAAGCUGCGGAGGAAGGUACUCUGAGAGCGGGGGACGAAAUUCUAGCUAUUAACGGCUCCUCGUUAGACGGCCUGACACAUGCCAAGGCGUUGCAGAUGUUCAAGAACGCCAAAGCCGGGAAUUUGAUACUUCACGUCGCCCGAAGAGACCCGGCGCAUAAACGAUAUGUCACGCAAUCAAAAUCGUAUGAUUGCCUCAACAAAUUAACGAAGUCCACCGACGAAUGAAACUAUUGCCAUUACCAUCGUUAUCGAAUUAAUCUCAUUAUUGUAGAUAUAUAAUUGUUUCGAAAACUUUUUUUUUCAAAUACAAUUUUCCUUAGGAUCUCUGUAUUAAAUUAAUAAUUUAUAUUUCAACAAAAUUAAAUUAUUGAUAUUGUGCAUUCGAAAUAUUUGACAUAUAACUAGAUUAACAUCUUAAUAUAUUUCCAAUAAUCUUUUAUAUGCAAAAGUAUAUAUAUAUAUGUAUACACCAUAAUCGAACCAUAAUUGUGAUAGCAAUUAAUUAUUUUCACUAAUAUUCGUAAUCAUGGCUUCUUUUUCUAACAGAUUUUUUUGACAAAUAAGAACAUUUAGUCUCAUUGAAAUCUCUAAGCAAAAACUCAGAGAUGACAAUAGUCAGCGUUUAUUUGCAUUUAUGUAUGUGUUGCACAUUUAAUUAACUUAUUCUGUUUCAGAAAAAGGAAGAAAUUAGAGAAAAUUGAAUUAUAUAUUGCUAUUGAAAUAUUUGCAUUUCAAAAAUACAUCUAUUUAUAUAUAAACGUUAUACUUUAACGUUAGAGAUGUUAAUUAAGGAAAUAGAAUAGUUAGCGCAAUAAUAAUAUUACACAGCUUUAUAACCAUGUCCUGUUAGAUAUAGUAUGCUAACAACUUGGAAUAUGGUUUGACUUAACAGCAUCGUGGGGGAUUUGACAUAUGUUUUUACUUAAAAACGUAUUAUUGUGUAAAUCGAACUACGCGAAAAUUAAAAAAAAAAGCUAGUUUUGUUCGAAAACGCAUAAGUCAUUAAUCGCGUAUCGUUACUACAAUAAUUAAUAAUCCUUAUUAAGUUAUUUAUUAAGAGAUUGACAUUAUGAAUGUCUACCUGCAAAAUGCUGUGAUAUCGAUUAUAGUCGUAUCGGCUCCGAUAUUAUUACAAACUGUAUAUUUAAUAAUAAAUGUGAUGUUGUUAAAUAUAAAAA